AUGUCUCUCCCCCUCUCUUAUCCCGGCCUUAAAUGCGUUCUGGAGAACUUGGAGGCAGUUAAACGUGCACAUAUUGUUGUCCGUUCUCCAGGCCUUCAAAUAGUAGAUAAAUUGAUUUCACUUCGUUUGAAGGAUUUCUUAAUUCACAGAAACGAAUUAAAUAUUAACAACUUAAUGAUUAUAUGUGAUAAAAACGAAAUGGAGACUAAGAAAGCUACAGGAACAACUUUUGUGAUUUCAACAGAUGACAAAGAUUUCAUCAGUGAGAAGUUACGUGAGUUUGAACAAGCGUUUGGUGAAUACAGAAGUAAUUUGUAUGGCGUUAAUGAAAGGUUUAUUUUCGGAUUGUCAAAGUUCUCCAUCCCAAUCAACAUCGACUCCAAAAUACAAGUGUAUGCAAUCGAGGAUCCAGAAGAAGAUUUUCCCUAUAAAAUAAUUGUGAAACCAGUGUCAGCAGUUUUGGCAUUAUGA